CCGGGAUGGGGUUGGGGGAGGGGACAACCGUGACCGACCGGGCUGGAGACAACCGGGACCAGGCUGGGCUGGGAAAAACCGGGACUGACCGGACUGGGCUGGGAACAACCGGGAGUGGGUGGGGACACAACGGGCACCGGGCUGGGGUGGCGAAGGGGCAGAACCGGAGCGGAAACCGAGCGCGGUUGUGUCGCAGCAGAGGUCCCUGAUUGUCGCUUUCCUCGCUUUCCCCGGUAGCGUCACCGGGGCCGUUUCCCGGUGCCCGGUGCCCGCCCCAGCCGCGCUCUCCCGUCCCGCUGCCGCCGCCGCGAUGCUGCUGCUCCGCGCCAUGGCCGGCCGCAGGCUCCCGCCGCUGAUGCAGCUGCCCCGGGGCUGCUCCCGGUUGGCCGCCGGUAGCGCGGCCCCGGGGGGAUACCGGGAAGGGACCCCGGGGGGACACCGGGAAGCGGCCCCGGGGGGACACCGGGAAGCGGCCCCGGGGGGACACCGAGGAGCGGCCCCGGUGCUGGCGGCGCUGCUCGGGCUCGGGGUCGUCCUGGCUUACGGAGAGCGGCGGCGGAGGAUCGCCCAGGCCGCCCGGGCCACCCCCGCCCCGCAGUUCCCCCGUUACACUCGGGCGGAGGUGGCGCAGCACCGCACCCCGAAGGAGCGCGUGUGGGUCACCUACGGCACCGAGGUGUUCGACGUUACCGAUUUCGUGGAGCUGCACCCGGGAGGACCGGACAAGAUCCUGCUGGCGGCCGGGGGGGCCCUGGAGCCUUUCUGGGCUCUCUACGCCGUGCACGGCCAGCCCCACGUGCUGGAGCUGCUCCGCGACUACAAAGUGGGCGAGCUGAGCCCCGAGGACGCCGCGCCGCCACCGGGGGACACCGAGGACCCGUUCGCCGGGGACCCCCCUCGCCACCCGGCGCUGCGGGUGAACAGCUUGAAGCCUUUUAACGCCGAGCCGCCACCGGAGCUGCUGACCCAGAGCUUCCUGACGCCCAACGAGCUUUUCUUCACCCGCAACCACCUCCCGGUGCCCGCCGUGGAGCCGGGCUCCUACCGGCUGCGCGUGGAGGGGCCCGGUGGCCGCGCGUUGUCGCUGUCGCUGUCGGAGUUGCGACAGCGCUUCCCGAAGCACGAGGUGACGGCCACGCUGCAGUGCGCCGGUAACCGGAGAUCCGAGAUGAGCCGAGUGCGGCCGGUCAAGGGGCUGCCGUGGGACAUCGGCGCCAUCAGCACGGCGCGCUGGGGCGGAGCGCGGCUCCGGGACGUGCUGCUGGCCGCCGGUAUCGGCGACCACACCGGAGACGGCGAGUGGCACGUGUGCUUCGAAGGGCUGGACACGGACGCUUCGGGGACGCCGUACGGAGCGUCCAUCCCGUUAAAACGGGCGCUGAGCGCCGAGGCCGAGGUGCUGCUGGCGUACGAGAUGAACGGGCGGGAGCUGCCGCGGGAUCACGGCUUCCCGGUGCGCGUGGUGGUGCCCGGCGUGGUCGGGGCGCGGAGCGUGAAGUGGCUGCGGAGCGUGGCGGUGUCACCGUCCGAGAGCCCGAGCCACUGGCAGCAGAAGGACUACAAGGGGUUCUGUCCGUCCGUGGAUUGGGAUUCCGUGGAUUUCGGGGCCGCGCCCGCCAUCCAGGAGCUGCCGGUGCAGUCGGCGAUCACCGAGCCCCGGCCCGGGGCGGCCGUGCCCGCCGGGGAGCUGACGGUGAAGGGAUACGCGUGGAGCGGAGGAGGAAGGGAGGUGAUCAGGGUGGACGUGUCCCUGGACGGUGGCCGGACGUGGCGCGAGGCCGAGCUGGGCCCGCGGCCGGGGCAUGCCCGGGGCUGGGCCUGGGCCCUGUGGGAGCUGCGGGCACCGGUGCCCGCGGGCGCCCGGCUCGACAUCGUCUGCAAGGCCGUGGACCGGAGCUACAACGUCCAACCCGACACCGUGGGGCCCAUCUGGAACCUGCGCGGGGUCCUGAGCAACGCCUGGCACCGCGUCCCUGUCACUGUCACCCGCUGAGGGACACCAUUGGGGACAGCGGGGUAUUGGGGACAAUGGGGACAGCAGGGACAUUGGGGACAUCAGAGGUACAACGUCCAACCCGACACUGUGGGGCCCAUCUGGAACCUGCGCGGGGUCCUGAGCAACGCCUGGCACCGUGUCCCUGUCACUGUCACCCGCUGAGGGACACCAUUGGGGACAGCGGGGUAUUGGGGACCAUGGGGACAGCAGGGACAUUGGGGACAGCAGGGACACCGGAGCUAUGGGGACAGCAGGGACAUUGGGGACAGCAGGGACACCGGAGCUAUGGGGACAUUGGGGACAUCUGGAACCUGUGUGGGGUCCUGAGCAAUGCCUGGCACUGUGUCCCUGUCACUGUCACCCGCUCAGGGACAUCAGGGACAUCAAGGAGCCCUGGAGAUCAAUGGGAUCUGUGGAUCCUAAAGGGUUCCAUGGCCCCAAAACGUCCUGCAGACCCCAAAGAGUCCUGCAGACCCCAAAAUGUCCUGCAGACCCCAAAAUGUCCUAUGGACCCCAUUGGGUUCCAUGGCCCCAAUUGGUCUGCAGACCCCAAAAUGUCCUGCAGACCCCAAUGGGUCAUACAGACCCCAAUGGUUCUGCAGACCCCAAAACAUCCUACAGACCCCAAAGUGUCCUGUAGAUCCCAAUGGGUUCCAUGGCCCCAAUGGGCCCUGCAGACCCCAAAUCAUCCCACAGAUCCCAGAGCCCUGCAGACCCCAAUGGGUUCCAUGGCCCCAAAAUGUCCUGCAGACCCCAAAACAUCCUACAGACCCCAAAAUGUCCUAUGGACCCCCAAAUGUCCUGCAGAUCCCAGAGCCCUGCAGACCCCAAUGGGUUCCAUGGCCCCAAAGUGUCCUAUGGACCCCAAUGGGUUCUACACACCCCAAUGGUCCAAUGGACCCCAAAAUAUUCUACAGACCCCAAAAUGUCCUGCAGACCCCAAUGGGUUCUGCAGGCCCCCAGCUCCUAUUGACCCCAAAAGCUUCCACGGACCCCAAAAGGAUUUUAUGCCUCCCCCAAAGGAUUUUAUGCCCCCCCGCAAAGGAUUUUAUGGCCCCCCUCAAAGGGUUCUGGAGACCCCAAAAGGGUUUUAUGGACUCUAAAGGGUUCUGGAGACCCCAAAAGGGUUUUAUGGACCCCAAAGGGUUCUGGAGACCCCAAAAGGGUUUUAUGGACUCUAAAGGAUUUAAUGGACCCCAAAGGGUUCUGGAGACCCCAAAAGGGUUUUAUGGACUCUAAAGGGUUUUAUGGACACCAAAGGGUUCUGGAGACCCCAAAAGGGUUUUAUGGACCCCAAAGGGUUCCACAGAUCCCCCCCCCCAAAGGAUUUUAUGGGCCCUUGAAGGAUUUUAUGGACUCCAAAGGGGUCUACAGGCCCCAAAAAAAUUUAUAGACCCCCCAAAGGAUUUUAUGGACACCAAAGGGUUUUAUGGACCCCAAAGGGUUCUGGAGACCCCAAAAGGAUUUUAUGGACCCCCCAAAGGGUUUUAUGGACUCCAAAGGGUUUUAUGGACCCCAGAGGGUUUUAUGGACCCCAAAAGGUUCUGGUGACCCCAAAGAUUUCGACGGCCCCGAAGGAUUCUGCAGGUUCCUCACAGCUCCAAGGUCAGCGGGGUUUUAUGGCCCCGGGGUUUUAUGGCCCCCACACUUUUAUGGCCCUGGGGUUUUAUGGCCCUGGGGUUUUAUGGCCCUGGUUUUACACCCCGAUGUGUGAAAGUGCCUCCUGCCAUAAAGAUUUGGGAACUUUUA